UAACAGGACGUCAGUGGUGGGAUCAAUCUAGUCUGGGGAGGACUUGAGCGAGCGGAGUAGAGCCGCAGUUGGACUCUAUUUGGGGGACACUUGCCUUCGCUUCUUGCUUCUGCUUCUUUUCUUGGAAUACAAGCCUUUCGCCUAUAAUCCGAGAAGAUGCUGAUCCUGCUGCUCGGAAUCGUGUUCCUGCACAUUGCUGCACUUGUUCUCCUGUUUGUGUCGACAAUUGUCAGCGUGUGGACAACAGGGGAAAUGGGCACCUCAGACCUGUGGAGAAACUGCACCGUGGACUCCAUAGGACACAUCUGCAACGGAGCAUCAACUGGAGAGUGGAUUCAGGUGGUCCAGGCUCUCAUGAUCCUCUCCAUCAUCUUCAGCUGCCUGUCUCUCUUCCUCUUCUUCUGCCAGCUCUUCACUUUGCAGAAGGGCGGACGGUUCUUCAUCACUGGAGCCUUCCAGAUCUUGGCCGGUUUGUUCGUGAUGAGCGGAGCCAUCAUCUACACGGUAAUGAGUCCCGGCUGGGUGCCGGAGAAGGACACGUUCGGGUACUCCUACAUCCUGGCGUGGGUGGCCUUCCCCCUGGCCCUCAUCAGCGGACUCAUCUACGUCAUCUUGAGGAAGCGAGAAUGAGACGCCGCUCCAUCCCAGUGCCCCCAGUAGCCCUCUCGAGGUCCCUUCUGAAGUUUUAAGUUGUAAAGCCAAUAUCACGGAAGUAACACCAAAGAAAAAGCAACUCAAAAUACCAAUACUGUCUGUUAAAAGAUGUAUAUAGUAUCUAUGGUUUAAAACCUAUUUAUAACACUUUUUACAUAUAUGUACAUAGUUUUUGUGUUGCUCUGCAGAUACUAUGAGCUUUGUUUUAGCUGAAUAAGUGCCUCUGUCUUUGUUUAUAAGUUUGACAUUAUUAUAAGCGGUUUUAUUUUGCGUUUCGCUGCCAUUUGGUUUGGGUAACUGCCAAAGAUUUGGUUAAAAUAGGCAAAGAAAAGAUUUUUUUUGCAACAUAUUAACUAAAUGCAUGAUUAGAAAUAUGAGAGAGCAAACUUUGAACGUUGAAUUAACAUCUAAGAAAGCGUAGCUGUUUCGUUUUAGGUUUCGUCUUUUUCUGUUUCCCCAGUUUUCAAGUUUUCUUUGUUUUUGUCUUCUUUACUUUUUUUUUUUUUUUUAAACAAAAAUAUGGUGCUAUAUAUUUUAUCAUUCCAAUUACUGAAAGCAAAUAUAUACGACAGUUAUUUUGUUUGGAGUCAGUUUAAAAAAACGAUUUUAGCCAAACGAGACAGAGGAACACUUCACAGGGCCGGAGUUUGUUUUUACAGUGUCCUUUUUCUAUUUGUCAGCUACUGUAGAGAAGAUAAGAUAAGGAAUACCUUUAUUGUCCCACAAUGGGGAAAUUCGGACGUAAAGGGUAAAUAGAUAAAAACUGAUGAAGUCAUUUAGAAUGUCAGUAUUACUCCGCAGGCCUACACUCAAAGGAUCGGCUUUACAUUAAUCUUAGCUGGCUUUAAUUUGGAUAUUUCUGUCCACAACUGUUACUUUGGCGUACUUGAAAGAUUGACCUGCUGCAGUUGCUUGUUUGGUUUUUAAAACUGUUUUUUAGGUUGCGCAUAACAGCUCUCUCACUAACACUGUAGCCUUAAACCCGCCCUAAAUAAAGCAACUCUCACAUUAUCCAGUACUGUGUAUUCCACUGUAAGAAGGGACGAACUGCAGCUGAGGCUUUCUCGCCUGCUGACAGCAAGCUGACAGUAAAAAUGCACGUUUGUACGCUUUAAAGUCAGCAACGGAAAACGAUAAUCAUGCAAACCCCCUGAGUCCAUCUUGCAGUGCACUUGUGCGUCUUUAUGCUUGUGGUUGCAAAUGCUAAACGUGACUGGUGUCACCCACACGGGGGCCAAGGCACAGCGAAAUGCCAGUUACUCGGAACAUGCAGCUCACGUCUCGGUGUGGAUGUCUCCCCUUUGGCAUCAGAUGCAAGAGGACCACCAGUCCUUCACCUCUCUUAUGCUAGGUGCAAAAAGCAUUCGCUUCGGAGCUUCUGCUCGCUACUCGACUGUGGCAUCGGGUUCAGUUAGAAGAGAGCGCCUCUGAUGAAAACUGCCCUCAUAAUCCUUGUCAAGCCAAAGCGUUCGGUCGUCAGUGCUUUGUUUACAUCAAAACCUUCAGAUGCCUCUCAAGCUUCUUCAAUUUUAACCAUUAAAGAAUGUCUUGUCAAAACCUAAAAA